CUCGUAUUCUCCAUCCUCUCUCUCUUUCUCUCUCUCGCCUUAUCUCUACCUCUUUCUCUCUUUCUUGUCCUUUCUCUCCUCGCUUUCGCCACACCGCACUCAGCAACAACUGCCACAACAACAACAACAACCACAACUAUCAACUAUCAACAACAGCAACAGCAACAACACAAAGAACUUAGAAAAUACAUACGAUGGAAACUUACAUCGGCUACAUCAAGACCCCUCAAGAUGCACUUAUUGUCUUUGAGGCCUGUAGACGAGGCCAACUAGAUCGCGUCCAGCGUCGCCUUUCAACAAAAGAACGCAUCCACAUCCGAUCCGGCUCUGUCUUUGCUUGGGACGAGCGGGAAGCAGGCAUGCGCCGAUGGACCGAUGGCCGAACAUGGUCACCCAGCCGUGUGCUCGGCAGCUUUUUGACUUAUCGCGAGCUCGACACAAAGCGCCGCCCUCGCCGCUCAUCGACCACCUCUUCAUCAUCCGUUACAACCUCCUCUGCUGCCGCCGCCGCCGCCGCUUCUCCCUCUUCAUGCUUACCGGCUGGCAGCAAGGCCGCAGCUGCGUGCUCCUACAAACAAGAUGGCUUGAUCAAGCAGAGUUUCUCCAUCUGCACCGCUGCUAACCAAAAGCUGCAUCUCAUCUCCUAUUACACCAAGACCGAUGUCCUCACUGGGCGUUUGAAGCAGCCCUCAGCCGAUCCGAUGCUGAGCCAAAUUGUGGUGCCCAGAGGAUUAUAUCCAGAGCUUAAUCCACUGGACACUAGCGGAGGUCAUUCUGCUACAAUUCACAACAUGCGCCAAGCAUCUUCUACUUCGUCCAUGGUUUCUUCUCCGCCCAUGCAUCAUCAUCAUCAUCAUGCUCAUCACAACAAGACUUCAAUUCCUCCUUCGCCUCCACCAUCUCUCUCCAGCUCACCCAUCUCGUCCGAUGAAGAUAUGGUCAUCGACUCCUCCUCAUCGCCGCAUUAUGACCAUCACUUUUAUACAGCAACCUCACAACCACCGCCACCGCCGUCAGCCUCGUUCUGUCACUCAUUACCGCCUCUAUCAUACCCAACAACAUCAUCGUCUUCAUCAUCUGUUGCCGCUUCUCCACUGUUAGCCGCAUCACCCUCAUCAUCGUCUUCGUCUUCAAACGCUUCGCCAUUGCUGCCGAUACAAGAGAUCCCUAUGAACCAUCGACUACGAUCGUCCGAGGACCAGCGUCAGCUCAGUGCACUCCAUGGCCGUCUUCACUUAUAAAACAUAUUGUAUUAUCACAACAACACCACCUCCUUUCUUUCAGCUCUUUUUUUUGUCACAUACCCAUCUCUUUUUCCCGUUUUAUAAAUCUUACAGCUAACUUUAAAGAACCAUGCAUUUUAAACAACUUAAAACACAUUCCCAAGCACCCUCGCGAUUCACUCACUUUUCACUUAAAGCACACACUUCUUGCGCACUCUCUCUCUCUCUCUCUCUCCAUCUCUCUCACUCCUUAUAUACAUAGUCACUGCCAAUUCAUACAUAAUCAUAGUUGACGUCAGUGUAAUAGCAAAUAAUAGUAGGCUCUUUGUUCAUGUACACUUGUCUAGUUUUUGUCUUAAUCAUAAAGUUGCAUUUUCCGAUACCCCUCCUUUUUCCUUCAAACACGACACACUAAAAGGUUAUGGUUUUCCUUCUUCUAAUGCAAUGUGUAUGG